AGCGGACGCCCAUGGUGAUGGUGUGUGUGUGCGGGCGAGGAUGGCGAGUUAUCUUUUCUUCUUGUAUUAUUCCUUGACAUGGGAUCAUACAGCUCGUUAACUUGAGUGUGAACCUGCCAGGUUCAACUUGGUGAUCUCAAAGCAGUAGUAGUGAGGACGACAGUAUGACUGAUAAGGGGAAGACAGUCGUGUUGGCCUACUCUGGGGGCCUCGAUACCUCCUGCAUCCUCGUGUGGCUCCGUGAACAAGGAUUCGACGUCGUGGCGUACCUGGCCGACCUUGGACAGGAGGAAGAUUUCGAGAAAGCUAAGAGAAAAGCUACAAAGUUAGGAGCUAAAGAGGUGGUAGUGGAGGACCAACAACGGGAGUUGGUGGAGGACUUCGUGUGGCCAGCUGUGAGGGCCGACUUGGUGUACGAGGACCGCUACCUACUGGGGACGGCGCUGGCCAGGCCUUGUAUAGUGAGGGGCCUCGUGCGUGUUGCUGAGAGAGUCGGCGCAGGAUACGUGUCGCAUGGAGCUACAGGGAAAGGCAACGAUCAGAUCCGCUUCGAGCUAGGCUGUUACGCCCUCUGUCCCGACAUCGAGAUCAUAUCACCGUGGAAGGACCCGGAAUUCUACGAGAAGUACCCGGGUCGUAUAGAGUUGUUUGAGUAUGCCCGGAAACACGAGAUCCCCCUCCCCAUCACCCCCAAGGCCCCCUGGAGCAUGGACGCCAACAUUCUCCAUAUUAGUUACGAGUCAGGGAUCCUCGAGAACCCUGCAACACAUCCACCAGAGGGCAUCUUCCAGUUAACCACCGACCCAGAGAAGGCCCCUGACACCCCACAGAUCCUCACCAUCACCUUCUGCGCUGGUGUGCCCACGAGAGUGAGUGUGGCGGGCGAUGCGAAGCAGGUGACGGAUCCUCUGGAGAUCUUGCGCACUUGUAACAGAAUUGGGGGCCAGCACGGCGUCGGCAGGAUUGACAUAGUCGAGAAUCGCUUCAUUGGCCUCAAGUGUCGGGGAGUGUACGAGUCGCCCGGGCUGACGGUGUUGAGGGCGGCUCACCUGGACCUGGAAGCCCUGUGUCUCGACCGUGAAGUGAGGAAGAUCAAGGCUCACCUCAGUCACCGUAUGGCCGAGCAGGUCUACAACGGGUUAUGGUACAGUCCGGAGUUUGAGUUUACCGACAGAUGCAUCGCUGACUCCCAGAAGAUGGUGACAGGCAGUGUUACCCUCAAGGUGUACAAGGGCGGAGUGUACGUGCUUGGGAGGGAGGCGCCCGUGUCCCUGUAUAACAAAGAGCUGGUGUCAAUGGAUGUCCAGGGCGACUACCAGCCACCAGACGCCCGAGGCUUCAUCCGCAUCAACGCCGUGCGCCUCAGGGAACACCACCGGGUCAAGAACGCCAGCAACUGAUGGCUAGAACCGUAGAACGUCGACUGGGAGGGUGGAGAGAGGGCUGGAGGUCAGUUAUGUUAUAGAUAGAGGUCCAGUCAGUUAUGUGAUGGGUAGAAAGGUCUGGAGGUCAACAACAUGAUGGGAAAAUGAUGUAAGGUCAACCGAGUUUCCCUUUUGGUAGUAAAUAAACCGACCUGCCCCAAGAAAUUAAACCUCCUAGUUCUCAAGAAGUUCUUUGAAACUAAAGGGAU